AGGAAUCCACUCCUUUACGUAUGCUACAACAUUGCGUGCUUAGCAGAACUGUGGCGUCUUAUUUAAGAAACGAGAAGGUAUAAAAGGAGCAACAUCGCGCCGCCAUUUCACAGCAGCUAGCGGCCGGCUUGACAUUACUGUGCGGAAGACAUGGCGCGCAAAUGCACACUGGCAUCAUCGGCUCUUGCGCUAUGUAUACUUAUAAGCCUGGUUGAUGAUAGUCCUGAAGCACAAAGUGGAGGCGUUCGUAUGGACUUCUCACCAAUUUACAUUAAGGACCAAGACAUCACAAAGGUCUUUAGCAGUGCGGCUUAUUGGUGGCUAUUCGGUUUCUACAUUCCGCGCGGGAAUAUCACGGAGAACAACAGAGAAUGCGUGCAUUUUCAAAGGAAGGAACAAAAUCGCACUCAUAUAGAAUUGAUAGCCAUUGGCGGAAGGGGCAGUCAACAGACGCAGAUUCCAAUCUAUGGACAGUUCUAUAAAUGUAAUGACACAUAUGGAAUGGAAAAUGGCCGGCGGAAACACCCAAAUUGUGUUAGACUUACCGCAAAAGAUGACAUGUUUGGAGCAAACUUCAGAUUGCUCUAUUUAGAAUAUGGCAAGUCUUCUCUCUUCCGAGUGAUGGAUGUGGGCGAAGGAACCGGCUGCGUGGUUCUUCUCAGCAAUGCGACUGUCGGCAAGGGCCCGAGUCCUGUAUGUAAGAUAGCUUAUAACCGAUUUUGCGGUAACGAACGUCUACUUCAAAAAGUGUAUAAGGAUGAUUGCAAAAAGCAAGGCGCCCAAGAACACCCAAAGGAAAACACCAAGGAAGACACCCAAACAAGUUAAUAAAGCAAACCUCUCCCUUACUUUGCAAUAAAAUCGACUCACCAUA